AUGGAGCAGAAUUUCACCGCGUUCCGGGGAGGGGAACGUGUGUGUGUGUGUGUUCUCGCCACAUCGCAUCCAACUGAUGAAGGUAGCUUUCUUGCUUGCGUUCAUUGGCAACAAUUGUGGGAUCUCUGUUCGUUCUGCUUCGUGCAGACUCUGGUUUUCUGA